AUAUUGAAGCGAUACUCAAAACAGAGAUUAAUUAAAGUUAGGAAUGAUAUUUUAAUCUAAACUAAACAAAUGAAAUAACAAAAAAAGAAUAAUAAUAUAAAGCAAACGAGGAACUGAUUAACUGAAUAAUUUUAUAUGGUUCAUCCAUCAUCAACAACACUCUAAAAAAGAAAAAAAUAAAAUAAAUAACGGUCGCGUAAUUUCAUUCUAGUCUGGACCGUUACAUGCAGUAUCUGACGUGGAAGGUGAAUAAAAUCGUAUAUAUAAUUAGAAACCUCGGUAACAUUUUAAUUAUCUGAGAGUUCCAAGGUCCUGUCCAUUCCCGCUUUCAUUGUCGGAAAAAUGCAAUCUCUUAUUAACGUCUCUCACGGCAACUUUCUCGUUCCCUCCGGCCACCAGCGCCGUCAUCAGCUUGCUUCUGUCAACAGCUUUUCCAGCCAGAGUGGUGGCGGUUUCUUUCGAUGCCGUCGCGAAUCUCCACCGUCGCUUUGCCGGUCAACGUCAUCGGUCAAGAGUUUCCCAACCUUCACCUGUUCUGCUCUCCCGACCGCAACUUCCAACUCUUUAGGUGUUAAUGCAGCAGAGUUUAUAGAAGCAUCAAAACAUGGAAAUUUGGUGCCGCUUUCUCGUUGCAUUUUUGGCGAUCAACUUGACCCAGUUCUAGCAUAUCGGUGUCUAGUCAAAGAAAAUGAUUGGGAUUCGCCAAGCUUUCUUUUCGAGUCCGUCGAGCCUAAUUCUCAGGGUCGUUUUAGUGUAGUGGGAGCUCAGCCAACAAUGGAAAUAGUGGCAAAGGAGAAUAAAAUCACUAUUUUGGAUCACAAGAAAGGACGAUUAACUGAAGAAUUUGUAGAUGAUCCAUUCAUGGUUCCGAUCAAAAUCUCAGAGAAAUGGAAACCUAAAUCCAUUGGUGGACUUCCAGACACAUUUUGUGGUGGAUGGGUAGGUUAUUUCUCGUACGAUACAAUGCGAUAUGUGGAGAGCAAAAAACUACCAUUCUCAGGGGCUCCAAAGGAUGACAGAAAUCUUGCUGACUUUCACCUAGGUCUCUAUGAUGAGGUGGUUGUAUUUGAUCAUGUUGAAAAGAAAGUCUAUAUAAUACUUUGGGUGGAGCUUGAUGGAUAUUUAUCAGUGGAGAAUGCUUAUGAAGAUGGUGUAAAACGUUUGGACAUCCUGGCUAAAAAAUUUCAAGAUGGUGACCAUCCAAGGCUGAGUUCAGGUUUUGUCAACUUGAAUACUCGCCAGUUUGGUCCGUCUUUAAAGAAAUCAAACAUGACAAGUGACUCGUACAAAGAGGCUGUGGUUCGGGCAAAAGAACAUAUUCUUGCAGGAGAUAUUUUCCAGAUAGUUCUAAGUCAACGUUUCGAGUAUCGAACUUUUGCCAAUCCUUUUGAAAUUUAUAGAGCAUUGAGAAUUGUCAAUCCGAGUCCGUAUAUGGCUUAUUUGCAAGCUAGAGGUUGCACAUUGGUUGGUUCUAGUCCUGAAAUUCUUACUCGUGUCAAAAAGAAUAAGAUAGUAAAUCGCCCAUUGGCUGGAACGGUUCGACGAGGGAAGACAGAAAAAGAAGAUGAAAUGUUGGAGAAGCAGUUACUGAAUGAUGAAAAACAGUGUGCAGAACACAUCAUGCUGGUUGAUUUAGCUCGGAAUGACGUCGGCAAGGUGUCAACAAAUAGCACGGUGAAGGUAGAAAAACUUAUGAAUAUCGAGCGAUAUUCGCACGUAAUGCACAUAAGCUCCACUGUAACAGGAGAGUUACAUGAGCAUCUAACUAGCUGGGAUGCCUUGCAAGCUGCAUUACCUGUCGGCACCGUUAGCGGAGCACCCAAGGUAAAGGCCAUGGAGUUGAUUGAUGAAUUGGAGACAACAAGACGAGGCCCGUAUAGCGGUGGAUUCGGUACCGUGUCUUUUAAUGGUGACAUGGACAUAGCACUCGCUCUUCGGACUAUCAUAUUUCCAACAUCAGCUCGUUACGACACUAUGUACUCGUACAAGGAUGUGAACCAGCGGCGGGAAUGGAUUGCUCAUCUACAAGCUGGUGCUGGGAUAGUGGCUGAUAGUAGUCCUGAUGAUGAACAUCAAGAAUGCCAAAACAAAGCUGCUGCUCUUGCUCGUGCCAUUGCCUUGGCAGAGUCCGCUUUUGUUAAUAAAAAUGACCACCCUUGAGCUUGCUCUUUUCUAAUUACCCAAAGAAUUUUGGUAUAAGAGAUAGUAAAUAAAGUGGUUCUUUAUGCUACAAAACCAUAAUCAUAAUUAUGUUAUGAAACAGAGUUUGAAGUAAUCUUAAACUUUUUUAUACAAGCAAUCUCAACCUCUGUACAAUUAUUCAAACUACUGUAAAC